UCCGAACAGCCCAGCCCUGCCAGUUCGAGCUCCAGUUCCAGUUCCAGUUUUACACCAUCUCGAAACAGCAGACGACAAGGUCCAUUGAGGUCUGUAAUGAAAGAUCUGCAUUCAGAUGAUAAUGAAGAUGAAGCAGAUGAGAAUGACAAUGUUUCUGAGUUGGAACGACCUGUAAAUACACCUGUAAAUACACGAGGAGGAAGCAGGAGCCGCAGGGUAAGUCUGAGUGAUGGCAGUGACAGCAGUUCAGCUUCCUCACCACUACAUCAUGAACCAGCACCACCUUUACUGAAAACCAACAACAGCCAGAUUUUAGAAGUGAAAAGUCCAAUAAAGCAGAACAAAUCUGAUAAACAAAUAAAGAAUGGAGAUUGUGAUAAGGCAUAUCUCGAUGAACUAGUAGAGCUCCACAGAAGAUUAAUGACACUGAGAGAGAGACAUGUACUACAGCAGAUAGUAAAUCUUAUUGAAGAAACGGGACACUUUCAUAUCACAAAUACAACCUUUGAUUUUGAUCUUUGCUCACUGGACAAAACCACAGUUCGUAAACUACAGAGUUACCUGGAAACAUCUGGAACCUCCUGAGGAAGCAGCAUCUGGCUGCAUCUAAAAACUGUUCUUUAAACAGAACAUCCAGAAUGAUGCAACCAAAAUAAGAGGGAAAAACAAACCCACCCUCUUCAGCUUUAUUUUUGCUUAAAGCCAGUCAUCAUCUCUUGAUAAGGGAGAGGAAAAGUGACAAGACUCAGAAGACCACUCUUCUCAGGAAGCAAAUGCUCUGGAAGAGUUUGCCUGGAUAGCCUUGAAAAACAAACACGCAAAUACAAACAAAAAUACUUGGUCUUAAUGAAUGUGUAUGAUAUCAUGUAUCUCUCUUUGUGGUGUUCCAGUCCACAAGAUGAAUGCAUGUUCAACACACUGCCUUAUUACAUAACUGAUCUGUUUAUUAUUGCAUACAUGUAUUCUAAAGUCAAUGAGUCAUUGAAUGACACUACCAGAUGUUGCAAGAAGUGGGGUCCCAUGUGUGCUCUUUUGAUGCAGUACUAUCACAAGCCUAGUAACCUUAUUCAUAUCAAAAUGCCACUUCUUGCUAUCUUUCUCUGGUCACUUAAAACACUACAGUCUUGUUUCCACUUCUGCUGUUCCAGGAAACAAGACGCAAAGUUGGGGAUUAAACUGUGGUCCUAAACUUUGUUUCCCGUCUGUCACAGUGGGGUGGACCACAGCAGGUUGGACCAGAGGUCCUUGGCUCUAU